GCUGCUCCUGCUGGUGCAGCUGCUGCUGUUGCAGGUGUUGCUGCUGCUGCAGAUGGUGCUGGUGUUGCUGCUGCUGCAAAUGCUGCUGCUGCCGCUCAACGUCCACGCAUAACGACUGGCUCGGGGGGGGAGACGGCCAAAACAGGAGCCGCUGCUGCCACUGCCGUUGCUGCCACUGCUGUUGCUGCUACUGCUGCUGCUGCUGCCUCGUCUUCCCUCUUUCCAAGGAGGACGGAGCCUGCAACUGGAGGCAUUGCAGAGGCAGUCACCGUAGGAGACGACGCUUUAGAAGAGGAGGCAGAAACACUUGCUGCCGAUCCAGUCGCUGGUGCCGGAGAAGAGCUUCUUGACCUCCCCUGCGCUGCAAUAGGACUAACCUCACGUCGUGAGGAAGCGGAAGACGCGCGAGCGGCUGCGCCUGCAGCGGCUGCCCCCCCCGCACGAGGGGGGGGCACUGCCACUUACUUCUUGCUUCAAUACACCCUGUCUGCGAGUGCACUAGGUGCGGUGCAACUAGCCGUAAAUGCUCGAAGUAUUAAGAGAUCUUGGUUUCGUUCGAAUCGUUCGACGAUUGAAUUAGGAGCUUCUCCUGCAACAGUCUAUACAAAACAGCCUCCGGUGAUUGCAGUUGAUGGUGACGCAAGGCCUUUCGAGGCGGCAGAUGUCGGUGCGCUGGAUAAUGUAAGCGUAGCCGCUCCACAGCUGGUAAAAAGGCAUGAUCAGAGAAGAUGGGGCCCGUGGAGAAGGGCGCGUAUGCGAAUGCGUCAGCAGCCGGCUGGGAAUACCGGAUACACCUCGCGUUGUAGCCCCUAG